AUGACCCUGAAGAAUGGCUCUCCUUCAGGUGUCAACAGCACAGACCCUGGAGAUCGCCAUCCUCCGAUUCAUUCUUCAUCCUCUAAUUCUCCCCUGCCACAGCCACAGCCACAUCCUCAUCCUAAUCCUCAUACACACUUACAGCCGCAGCCGCAGCCGCAGCACCAACAGCAGCCAGCUCGCUCGACAUCCCGUAACCUCUUCUCGUCCCGAAUACCAUACUUUUCAGCCCCAAUUGCUGCUAGCCACACACCACGGCCGACCGAUGAAUCGCUUGGUCUACAGAAUCCUGGCCGUGCCUCUGUCACGACCCUGGUAGAGUCUUCACCUCAACAUCAACAGCAGACCCUUAAAUCUCAUCCAGUAACAGUCCCUAAAUCCCGUCGUUACGCCACUCGACGUAUCCAGCUCACCCGUGGAAACCUUGUCCUGGACUGCCCAGUCCCUGAUCGGCUACUCAAGGCAGUCGCGCGCAAGGAAGAGGAAUUUAGUACCAUGCGAUAUACAGCCGCCACAUGCGAGCCUGACGAUUUCCAAUCCCGAGGAUACACCCUUCGACCACAGCUUUACAAUAGACAGACCGAACUGUUUAUUGUGAUGACAAUGUACAAUGAAGAUGAAAUCUUAUUCACACGUACUAUGCACGGAGUUAUGAAGAACAUUGCACAUCUCUGUAGUCUGCAAAACUCUUCAAUGUGGGGACCUGACGGCUGGAAAAAGGUGGUGGUCUCGAUUGUGGCAGACGGCCGAAAGAUCAUCAAUAAGCGUGUGCUGAGUGUAUUGGCAUCCAUGGGGGUCUAUCAGUCAGGCAUUGCAAAGAACAUGGUUGAUAAUAAGCAUGUAACUGCACACAUAUAUGAGUUUACCACACAAAUAUCCAUCGAUCCAGAGCUUAAACUAAAAGGCAUCGACAAGGGCAUUGUGCCUGUACAGAUUAUGUUUUGCCUCAAGGAAAAAAAUGCCAAAAAGAUUAAUUCCCAUCGAUGGUUUUUUAGCGCGUUUGGGCCACUUUUGCAACCCAACAUCUGUGUCUUACUGGAUGUCGGAACCCGUCCUGGAUACUCGAGUAUCUACCAACUCUGGAAGACUUUUGAUCGAAACCCCAAUGUCGGGGGUGCCUGUGGGGAGAUUCGAGCCAUGCUUGGUCCCGUGUUCUCAUAUCUCUUGAAUCCUUUGGUCGCCGCACAGAACUUUGAGUACAAGAUGUCCAACAUUCUUGAUAAACCCCUUGAGAGUGUAUUUGGAUAUAUCUCUGUCUUACCAGGUGCCUUUUCGGCCUACCGAUACCAGGCUCUUCUCAAUGACAUCAAUGGUCACGGCCCGCUCGAAAAAUAUUUCAAGGGCGAAAACUUGGGCUCGCAAGACGGUGCUGAUGAGAAGUCGGGACUGUUUGAGGCCAAUAUGUAUCUGGCAGAAGACCGUAUCCUGUGCUUUGAACUAGUGGCCAAAAGAAACGAACGCUGGCUGUUGCACUACUGUAACAGUGCGUUUGCUGAAACUGACGUACCAGACCAAUUGGCAGAGUUUAUUUCACAGCGACGCCGGUGGCUCAACGGAAGUUUCUUUGCCGGUGUUUAUGGUCUCUGGCAUUUCAAAUCAAUCUGGACCAGCCGCCAUUCAUUCACCCGUGUAUUUCUCUUGUCCAUAGAGGGAAUCUAUAAUGUCAUAAACCUGAUUUUUAGUUGGCUAACCAUUGGCAAUUUCUAUAUCACAUUCUACUUUAUCACAAAGAGUCUAGCCAACCCUGAUGUGGAUCCAUUCGGUCAAGGUUGGGGAGCAAGGAUCUUUGACAUGCUCCGAUACUUUUACAUGUUUUUGAUAUUUUUGCUCUUCAUUUGCUCAAUGGGAAAUAGACCCCAAGGUUCAAAAUGGCUGUUUGUUGGAUCCUUGAUUGCGUUCUCGGUGAUAAUGUGCUACAUGAUGUUUGCUUCAUCGUGGGUCAUCUACAAGGGUAUUCAGAAUGCUUCCGAGACAAUCGGUUGGACAAACAGCCUGAAUACUAAUGUGGGGUUGGUGUUUGAGAACACUGGUCUAAGAAACAUGAUUGUGUCUCUGGCUGCCACUUAUGGACUCUACUUUGUAUCGAGUCUGUUGUACGGACAGCCUUGGCACAUGUUUACCAGCUUCUUGCCAUAUCUGCUCCUACUACCUGGUUAUGUCAACAUUCUAAACAUCUAUGCAUUUUGUAAUACCCAUGAUGUCAGUUGGGGAACAAAGGGGGAUAAUAGUGUAGCUAAAGAUCUGGGUGUGGUCAAGGUCUCGGACAACAAACAACAAACAGUCGAGGUUGAGCUACCUGCCGAACAACGCGACGUUAAUAUUGAAUUUGAAGAAGCACUAUUGACACUGGAUGCCAAAGUACCAAUUGAAAAGGGAUCCGGGAAUAAGAGCAAGGAAGACUACCACCGAUCAUUUAGAACACACCUUGUGUUGGCUUGGAUAGCAUCCAAUGCGCUUUUGGUGGCAUUCGUUACAUCGACGCCGUUUAGUACGAUAUAUGUGGAGUCGGUAGGAACUACUUAUAUGUCGGUGAUCUUGUGGGUGAAUGCUGGUUUGUCAGCCUUUAGAUUUAUUGGAUCAAUGAUGUAUCUUGUUCUUCGAUUAUUUACAUCAACCUAG